AUGUGGAUACGAUUCUCGUUAAGACACCAUCGUCAUCACUUUUUUAGAAAUUACUUUCAAAGAAAUAUGCAUAUGAAUCAGUCUCAAGGAAAUCUCAGCGGUCUUUCAAAUCCUGUCUUUCCAUAUCUUCUUGUAAGUCCAGUGACUACGCCUACUACUCCUCCGCCUCCUCCUUCCACUACUACUGCUGGUACUACUAAUCAAGAAUGCAAAAAAUUGUAUGCAGAAUUAUUUAUCCCAUCGAUUGUCUCAAAUUCAAUUGGUGAUGCUACUACCGACAAUCAAGGAGGAGGAGGAGAUUGCAAACAAAGACGCUACUGUUUCAAGCUUCCAAUUCACGAGACUGUGUCAGCCUUUCUAUCCAACUUAGUGUCCACAAUAAAUUCAGCAUAUUUGAAAGGAAAUUAUCCAACUGUUGAUCGAGAUACAGUUUAUUUAGCUACACAAGCUGAUCUACUAUUUCAUAAAAGUGCUAAGGAAUCAAACACUUUGACAGAAUUCAAUAAAACUAAAACUCUUGAAGAUUGUUUUCUAUCUGAUUGUUGUACAGAGCAAAUAUUGCUACAAAUCAAUUUUUGUUUGCCUAAUAAUCCUGAGAAAACUACCUCUUUAGUGUAUCAAGUUCAAAGGAAUCCAGCACGUAUGUUUCGUUGUCAACUGAAUACCAUUCCAAUGGUGGGUUAUCCUAUGCUGCCGUGUAUUGAAGGCGAAAAUAUUUGUUUGGAAAAGUCUGAAUUUCUAUGGUUUGUAGGACAGCCUAAACAAUGGCCUGAACAACCGUGUCAUAAAGGUUUCGUAUUCAUACCAGAUCAAAGUCAUCUUGGUUUGUUGGUUCAACUACGAGUUCGUAUACGUGAUGCAAAUGGGAAAGAUGGUUCACCAUAUGGAGUAAAUAAAUUUUAUACGCCUUAUGGACAACCAAUUGAAUGCAAGUCACCUGUACUUAAACCACCGGUUCAAGAGUUUCAUGAACAAAGAUACAAAUUAAUUAGAAACGAUGAAAUGGAUUCACAACGUUUACGUGUUGUUAGCUAUAAUAUUUUAGCUGAAGUCUAUGUUCGAUCUGACUUAGCGCGUACUUCAUUAUUUCAACAUUGUCCAGAGAAUUUCACCAGUUCAGCAUAUCGGUUACCAUUGAUUCUACAUGAAUUAUACUCAUACCAAUCAGAUAUUAUUUGUUUACAAGAAGUUGAUCGAUGGAUUUACGAAAGAUAUCUAUCACAUGGUUUAAAAUGCUACAAAAAUAUGAAUAGUUUAUUUCUAGCUAAAAGAGCUGUUCUACCAGAUCCAAAUAAUCCGGCUAAGGUGAAAACAGACAUGGAAAAAGAGAAGGGUGAAGGUUGUGCAAUUUUCUACUCUAGUUCUCGUUUUGAACUUGUCUCACAAUUUUACCUACCAUCAAUCCUUGAUUAUGCAUCUACAGUCCCAUUCUUAUCAAAUAUGUUGGCGAAUUUAACUCCUGCAGACUUCAAGCGUACAUCUUCAGAAGAACAUUCAUUUAAUGAAGAGGAUGUUGAUGUUCAUAUUCAGAAAUCUUUAUCACAAUGUCUAGUUGUUGGUGUUUUUCGGACAAAAUCAUCACCAUCAUCAUCAUCAUCACCGGCCUUAUUCAUUGUCGCUAAUACACAUUUCUAUUUCCAUCCGUCAGCAAGUUCACUUCGAUUGAUUCAAGCGCAUACAGUUCGUCAUUAUUUACUAAAACUUGCUAUGGAAUAUAAUCAAGCCUCUAAAAAGCCAAUUCCAAUUAUUUUCUGUGGAGAUAUUAAUCAAUCACCGGGUACAACUGUUUAUCAUGCCCUUACUACAGGCAACAACAAUAACAAUGACAAUCCUAUUUAUUCAUCUCAGGGCAAAACUGCCUAUCAGCCGAUAUUUGAAUCAGUCUAUGCAAAUAAUCCGCCAGAGUUUACAAAUUGGGUACCUAAAUUCAAUAGUACUUUAGACGUGAUAUUGUAUAAUACAGAUUCUGAAUUGAAGUGUACUCGAUUUAUGCCAAUCGACUCUCUGAAACAAAUGAAACAGCGUAUAAUACAACAAAUGACAGUAGACAAUGCUGAAUCUAUCCCAGAUGAAGACAAACUUGGCCUACCUAAUGCUUAUUUCCCUAGUGAUCAUAUUGCUCUUGUCGCUGAUUUCUCUUGGAAUGCAUUAAGAAAACCUGGUGAUCAUCCUAGUGAAUGA